AUGGAGCUUGUGAGGGGAGGGGAGGAGAGCAACAAGCUGGGAGUAGCAGCUGAGAGCAAGCAGGUGGGGACGCCGAUGAAGUCGACGUGCGAUAGGCAAUGGGCGAUGGGCGAUGAAGGAACUGCCCUGGCCCUCGGUCCCUGCCUGGAGGGGUGGUGGGCGAUCUACUUCAGAUGUGUCAAUGGCAAAUGCGAUGGCUCCGCGCGCAGGCGAACUUUAGAAGAUGGAGGUCGAAGCAGUGAGGGCCGGUCGGGGUGCCAAGUGGGAGCAUUCAACAUGGAUCGAGGUGGGCAGGCUAGUCGUAGUGGCCGAGCUGCGAAUGUCGACUGUCGUCCGCCGUCCGUCGACCUUCAAAUGUCAACUUAUACUCCGUCAAUAGCUUGGCCUGCUUGCACAGCUGCGGCCAGCCCGGCCCUGCGCUCUCGUCUCAGCGCCCCAGUGGCCAGCGUCCCGGCGUCUCAGCGUGAAGCUUGGGCCCGUCGCCAAAGACCAGCGUCAGAGACCAGCCGGCGCCGACUGACCUUCUGA